CUCUCUCUCUCUCUCUCGAAAGCUUCUAUCUUUACUUCUUGAUCUGAGCUUCUUGUUCUGAUUCUGAUCUAAAGUGAGUUUCUUUCUUCGAUGUUCUUAUUAAUUAUAAUCAUGUUUAUUCUCUAAUGGGUUUCUGAAAUUCGUGAUCUUUGUUUGAUUUUAUGAUAGAUCUCAUGGAUUGUUAUACGAGAAGGAACUUUGAAGAUCUUGUUGUACCUAAUUAUCAAGACACGUCAUCAGAGACGUACCAAUCUAAUAAUAUGUGGGGUGGAUGGAACAUGAACUCCCCUGAAGCUACUCAGAAAUGCUUCGAUUACAAUGGUUUUAAUGGAGAAGCGUUGUUGUAUACUCAGAUGGGUAUGAGGCCAACGAGUGAAGAAGAAGAAGAGUCUAAGAGAUCAAAGGCUUUUUACGGUGGUGCUCCUUCGCUUCAUGAUUUUGAAGGAAUCGAACAGAUGGAUGAUAUAUUCUUAAGUUCUAUCUUGGAGGAUGGUCCAGGGAGUGAUGGAGAUGCACAUCGUGCUUCUAGCAGUUAUAAUAGUGUUGGUUCUUCGUCUAUGUAUGGUGGUGGUGAAGUCCCCAUGUUCCAGUGUCAUGACAUGUCUUUAAAGGAGGAGGUUCCAUUUACAAUCUCGGAUAUGUCUGAAGAGAACAUGUUAGAUUCACACUAUGUGGAUGAUGAACUGUCUUCUGAAGUAGUUUUGCAGGAUCUACAGAGAGCUUCAGAAAAGUUAAAUGAUGUGACAAGAAAGUGUUUCCGAGAUACGUUUUACCGGCUUGCAAGAAACUCACAAGAGAAGUUGGAUUCAGACAGCACCAACUCACAAGAGUUCAACAUGCAUACCAACUCGGAAGAGUUCAACAUGCAAGCAUCAAGAUAUGAUUAUGGUGACAAUACCAGGUUGAGUAGAGAGGAAGAGAUUGAAUCAGAAACAAACUCAAUCGAUAGAGCUGUUGCAAACCUGACAUACAACAAGAUGGAAUCCAACAUAAGCAACUUUCCUCUACCAGAAAGAGUACAGUAGUAGCUUCUGCUGGUUCAAAAUCAACCAUUGUCGCCUCAUCAGCUUCUUGUUUGAAGACUUUUGUUUAUAUGUGUGUAUAUAGAUGACUCAAUGUUGCAAGCUUCAGUUUUGAUCUGUCUCAAAAGAAUCUGGUCUCUUUUUAAUUUCUUCAGUAAGGUUUUUACUAUACUAUUGUGUGACAAUGCUUAAUGGCCUAAAGACUCAGAUUUGUAUAAGAUCAUCAUGUUUUCAAUAACUCCGA